GGCAAGUGGAAUGCCACCAGCCAGAGGUGGUGGCGGGGACUGAAUUACUUUGUCAUCAUGGAGGACGGACGCCGAGAUCUUUUGAUCAAGGUUUCUGUCGACAAGAUUGCUGAUGGACCAGAUGGAGUAUUGCACAGAGGCUCUGGCCCCGGUGCUGGCUACUGGUACGCCAUUUUGAAGUACCCAUCAAAUGGGCAGAUCUUUGGAACGGUACGGCUGAGGGAAUUGGGAAAUGACGAGGUUGACAUUUGGCAUCGACCUCGUGGAGAGAGAAUCUGGGGCGAUCCUUGCAAGGCUGCAAAGGAUGUAGCUUUGGCGUCGCGUGCAGAUACCUGCAGCCUGGGUGGCGCGAUCAAGCAAGCAAAGCUGCGGCUCACCAACUUGUCAAGCAUGUACAUGUUUGCAAUGGUGGCGCGUUCCAAGAAGUGGUUUGAGGCCAAAGGACUGCCUUUGGCGGAUACCAUGCGGCAGAUGCUGAUAGAGUCCGUGCAAGAUCCAAACGCUUUCAACCAUUGGCACAGAAAGCUGGCCCCUGAACAGGGCUUUUUUGAGAGGCUUCGUAAUUAUGGCAGUGGGGAUGCAGGGAAUGUGGAGAGUGUGAAGAAGUUGAUGCAGGAUGAGUACAGACGAGGUAUCUUGCAUGAACCCAAUUACACCAAAACGCUGCAAACUUACCGAGAACAACUUCUUGCCAAAAUGGACGAAGCCCUUCGACAGAUGUCCGAUCAAAUGUUCAGCAGAUUGAAGCAGCAUGUGAUUUCCCAAAAAAAGGCAGAACUUCAGAAGGAUCGGGCUGACAAUGAGGUGGAGCUUGAACGCCAUGUCAGGAAUGACUUGUCGAGGGCGAUGCAAAGCUUAGCUCCGCCCAAUGCGAUGAGCAUCAUGCUCACCAGGAUGGUCAGCCGUUUCUCCGGAAACUACAGAUUGCACUACGAGAAAGAGGUCGAGGGAUGCCCCAAACUCUUCUGCAAACUGGAGCACCUCAAAGUUGAGAAGCAACUCUUUGAACAGGUUCUAGCUGGUGAAGGAGACCACUUGCAGGUCGAACUGGAAGCCUCAGGUCCCGAAUUCGCCCUUGACGUCCAGGACCCUGACGACGUGCAUUUGCUUGGCUCUUUGUCCAAGGAACGCGUGUUUUGGAUCUCUUCUCAUGAGAUUCCAGAUGGUGGCAAGGGGGUGAAGUUUCACUGCAGUGCGAGAAGCCAGCCAACUAAAGAGCUUCUGAACAUCAAACGGCCGACCAGUUCAGUUGCCUUCAAUGAAACUCUUCGCAUGUUGGCCUUGUACAACCAAGCUUCGAAGGUGGUUGCAGUUUAUGUCUGGGACGAGGCAUUUACACGCCACACGGACUAUUGCGCCCCGAUCAACCUGGAAGCUUACGUGCAAGAUGCCGACUUGCUGCAAAUGCACUUCUUGCCGGCGUCCAAGCAGCUGUGCUUCGUUCUCCGCAACAACAUGGUGAAGGUGUACGAGCUCGUUGCGAAGACCAUGCGCCCUCGUGGCUUCCAAAUCGCACCGCAUGCAAAAACUUUCGUGGAUUCCACAGGGACUGCGUUGGUGGUGCUGCGCCAGGAAAGCUCCAAGUGGAUGGUUGACGUCAUUCUUGUGGCCGACGGUCGCCAAGUGAAGACUCUGGCACUCCCAUUGGCGCUGCAAGACGAGGUUCCUGUGGUUGACAUUCUGCGGCUCUAUGGUGUGGAUUUCUUGGUCGCUUUGGACAGUGCGACCAAAACCCUGCACGGUUGGAGGCUCCACUUGCAAACAGCCGAGCAAGUUUGCUCCAUGGAACAGGUGGGUGAAAAGGCAGUUGAGACCACCAAGUGCCAAUCCGCAGGCAUGGCUUGUUUCGACAUUUUGUACCAGGUUCUGGCCAAGUUCACCAACCAUCCGGCGCUUGGUGCAGACCUUGCGCAACAGAUGACGCGCCUGAUUGUUGUAGGCCCAGCCAUGUCUUCCAAUCCUGGUCCAGUUGUUGAGAGAUAUGUUGCGGACAUCAUCAGGCGGCUCAGGCAAGACACACAAAAACCAUCGUUGGAUGGCUUCAAUUUGGACGUCUCUUAUUGGCCUGUGAGCUCCAACGAGGGUGCUGGCGAUGUGGUGUCAAAUUUACAGAGUUCUGAGAUGACAAUGGCUCAGCUGUUGCGCAAACUCAUUUGCCUGGUGCCCUUGCAGAUUGCCCGUGCCGAGAAUGAAUCCUUUGUGAUCCUGAAAGAUGGCAUGCGCGAGGACGUCAGUGACUUCAGCAACCUGAGUGAGUUGGCAGAGUUUAUUUCCUUCGGGCUCUAUGAGCUGGUAUUGGAAAGCAAUGAGAACCCGGUGGUGGUGAUCAGCAGCAUGGGCAAACAGUCCACUGGAAAGUCCUACAUGCUGAACCAUUUGGCAGGCACAAGCUUUGAUACCUCUGGCGGCCGCUGUACUGAUGGCGUGUGGAUGACAGUUCGUGAGCACAGUGACAUCACUUAUGUGAUGCUGGACUUCGAAGGCUUGGGCUCUUUUGAGCGGUCAGCGCAGGAAGACAUGCUGCUGUCGGUCUUCAAUGCCGCCAUUUCUCACGUUUCGCUCUUCCGCACAGAGAAUCGCCUGGAUUGCGACACCGCAAGCAUCUUCUCGCGCAUGCAGCAGGGGGCAAAGCUGAUCCAAGGGGACGAAGAGCUGUUCAAUGGAUUUUUCCAAAUCGUGGUGAAGGACGUCGUCUCUGAUGCGAAGGAAGUUGCCCAGGAGUUUCGGCAGAAGAUACAGCACAUCAUUGCAAGGGACAAGGAAGACAACUUCUUCUUGCGCUUAUACAAGGGCCGUGUUGGCAUCCUGCCGUUCCCAGCUUUGGGACGUGCGGAGUUCUACCGGGAGUUCAACUCGCUGACCAGCAAAGUCCGUGCUGCGCAGGCGGAGAAGCGUUGCUUUGAAAGCGGGCGACAGUACUUGCGGAACACCAAGCUCUUGAUGGCAAAGAUUGCCAUGAAAGAUUGGACGCCGACUGAUCAGAACAAGAUCAAAAUGCUGCUUGCCAGCCUCCAGGAGUGCCUUGCAACUGCAGUGAUGGCAGGUUGCAUGGCGGUGACUGAGGAUGGCCCCGUUCCAUUGCUUCACUUGCGAAGCAACAAGACUUUCUUGGACAAAGGCAGUGAAGGUGAUGAACCAGAGAUGAACAGCAUCCUAGCAGCUGUGCCGGAUGAGGGCUUGCAAUUGGCACUGGUUCAGGAGCAAGACGGAGCGCUGGACGUGGAAGUGUCGUGCGAGAUCAUGGCAUCCCUGCUCAGCAAACUGAAAGCGGCUGUGAACUGCUCUACUGCCACCGACUGGACUCCGGUUCUGCAAGCCUUGGCGCAGCGUCGGCAGAAGCGCAUCGUUGCGUGGCUGGAAGCCAAUGUCGAGCACGUGGCGGGCGAAGGGGAUGCGCAACGUUUGCUGAUGGUGGCCAAGACGGUCCUAGCCAGGCCUUCUCAAAGAGAAGGGGGUUCAUUCCCACCAGGUCAUGGGUAGGUGGCUAAGCGCACCCCACUUGCGUUUUUAAGGAAGCCAGGAACAAUAUUCAAUAUUCUGCCCGAAAGAUUGUUUGGAAGAGAUGUGCACUGGGUCUGGUAAAGUCCUGCCAGGCUGUUGCAGAAACUGCGGCUUUGCGGUCAGGAUUGCGGAAUGUGCCGUUUGCCUUGCACCCUACCCGUUGAUCACAGCUCAUCGUCCCACGACUGCGGCACUGAUCACAAGUGUCAUGCCUUCUGUCACUACUGCGCGUCAGAUGGUGUGGCUGCAGCUUGUGUUCAGCCGGCUGGCCACUCAGCAGAGCACGAUUGUGGAGAUGCUGCUCACACAUGUGGGGCUGAAUGCUCACUGAGCAAUUUGGGGAAUUGUGGAGGUCGUUGCGUGCUGAAGCCCGGGCAUUCAGAAGAGCAGCACUUGUGUGGAUCCAAGAGGCACCAUUGUGGAAAACCUUGUGCUCUCAGCACUUGUCAGCAUUCUUGUGUGUUGCCGCACGACCUGAUGCACGACCGGUGCGAGUGCCACAUCAUUGUGUGCCCCAACAAGUGCACAUUUCCCAAUUGUACCUUCAUGUGCUCGGAGCAGGAUCACUUCCACACAGAAGGCCACAGCGGGGAUGGUUGCAUGUGUGACCAGCCGCACCAGUGCCCUCAUGAGUGUGAAGCACCAGGCAUUUGCGAAAUCUAUUCCGAGCUGGUGGUCAAGAAGCAGAAGUUCACCGGAAAGCACGACACCUUUGACUACGAUGCGAUUGAAACCGAGCAGAACGGUGUUCGCAAGGGUUGUUGCAAGGUAGUGCCACCCAAGAGUCGGCAGCAUGAAGGUGAACACAUUCAUUCGAGCACUGAAAACUUGGUGCAUUACUGUGAUGUGAAGUGCCCCACUUGCGGCUACUACUGCACCUUACCAUGGGAGCAUUCAGGAGAGCAUGACACUCGUCAUGGCAACAUGCGGCGGACCUACUUCGUGUCGGAUGAGGAUGUGUUUACCUUGGGAUCUCGCAAAUAUGCUCCCGCUGAGUCUGGAGUGGCAGAGAUGUGCAACAUGUACUGCCAUCGGGCUGGACGUGGGCACACGCAUGUGAAGCUAUGCGCUGACUAUUCCAGUGGGCAGGGUGGGCAGUGCUGCAUCUCGGCCAUGCCAGGACGGCGCCAUUCCAUGCGUCAGUACAAGCCGAACCCCGAGAUUCCCAAGGACGAGUUCACCCAUGAGGCUUUCUGGGAGAGCACUGGAUUUAAGGAUCCAUGCUCCAACGAGGACAAGGAAGUCUUCGGGAAAUGCAACCACUUUUGCCCACACGCCUCACACAUGAAGGAUGGCGAGCUGCCUUCCUUUUGCACCCUGCCGCUGUGGCAUGCAGCGCUGUCGGACCAAGAAGGCAAAGAAUAUGUGAGGCAGCACGGUGGGAUUGUGUCACCUGAUGGGCAUCAUUUCAGUUGUUCGCACAGAACCAGCCUGCCAGUCCAUACCAUCUUCCUCAUUGACAAGUCUGGUUCCAUGAGCUACAAUGAUGUUGUGCCUGAGACGCGGCCGUGGCGGGACUCGCAUCCAAAUCGGUUGGGUUGCGCACUGGCGGCCAUUCAAAGUUUUGUGGAAAAGCGACAACACAGUAGUCCAGAUGACAAAAUCUCUUUGUUGGCCUUCGACACAGACGCUCUCAAUGGGCCAUCUAUGGUUUCGAUCUCGGACUUCGACACUUGCCAUCAAUGGCUCAGCAACCUGGAGGCAAACUAUCAAACCAGCUUCGCCAAUGCCAUGGCUGCAACUAUCCCACUGGUGCAGCAAACGCCCAACAGCCACCGAUCAAUGGUGAUGUUCUUGUCGGAUGGUUGGGAUCAUUUUCCCGCACAGGCCCUGCAGAGGGUCUUUGCUGCCGUGGCCCGCAGCACACCGGGCAAAGCGCUGCGCUUGCACACAGUGCAGUUCCCUGCCCAGCACGGCAGUGAUGCCGACGUGCUGGCACAGAUGGCGCAGGCGGCUCGGAACCAUGCGGCCUUUGAUGAUGAGUUUGCCCAGGCCAGUAGCUCCAUGCAGUCUGUGGACAACAUUUCCUUGCAGGAGACCUUCAUGGGCAUAGCUGAGUCGCUUUCUUCCGCGGCUGGUGGGCUGAUCACUGCCAGUUGAAGAAGCUUCAAGAAGCGUAGAUGCACUUUCGUGCGUUUGUUUGACAUUUAGCUGGGCUGCACUUCCCAGAAGUGCAUGCCAUGGGGACAUUAGCUUGUUUAGGGACCUCCCAAGCUCCGCGGUUUGAUGCUGGCAAAUGGCGGUUUGUUUGGAACUUUGUUGCUUACCAGCACCCCACACUGGCCUCGUUGGAUGGGA